CCCUCCUUGAGAGUAUAAAAAAAUGUAAUGGAAUGAAACCGCGCGAAACUAGAAGAGCUACAACAAAACUCUAGCGGCUAUACGAUCCAUCACGCGUCCCCACAAACCUCAACUUCACUCUCUUUCAUCCAUCUUUCCUUAACUUACCUUACCUUAUCUACCUAGGUAACUUAUCCAUCUAUCUACCAUCCUGGUACGAGCAAGCAUCCAGCUUCCGUCCAUGUACGUCCGAUGGACCUCCCCUUCGACCCCCAAAACCAGACGUUCUUCAUAGUCGGGAGCUCCCACCUCACCAACACCAGCGACCCGGACUCCCCGCCCUUAAUCGCCAUCUCGCUCCCCGUCAUCGACGCGCAGCGUGUGCGGCUAGCCAGCACCUCGAUCAACUACGGCGUGCAGCUGGGGCUGUGCCUGCUGUCGCUCCUGACCUCGCUGCUGCUGCUGCCGUCCGCCAAGCUCCGCCGCCCCGUCCACCUGGCCCAGGUCCUGUGCCUCGCCGUCUCCGUCACCCGCCUCGCCCUGCUGGUCCUGUACUUCCCCGGCCCGCUGACCGAGUACUACGUCGCCUGGACCCGCGACGCCUCCGUCCUCCCGCCCGCCGCGUACGACGACACCACCGCCGCCAGCGCCCUGAGCGUCCUGCAGCUCGCGCUGGUCGAGGCCUCGCUCAUGCUCCAGAGCCGCGUGCUGGUCCGGACUUGGGGCGUGUACGCCGCCUCUUCAACAACAACACCCCCAUCCCCAUUCCCAUCUUCUUCUUCCUCCUCCUCUCAGCCCUCUUCCACCGCCGUCGGCAGUUCCCCCUCCUCCUCCAAGUCCGCCGGGACCGGGACCACCUCCCGGAUCCGCAUCGACCAAUGCUGGUGGCGCCCCGCGGUCCUGUUCCUAGCAGUGACGCUAGCCGUGGCGGCGGUCGCCCUGCGCGCGGUCUGGGUGGCGCGGUACACGCAGGCGCUGCGGGGCCACACGCUGCCGGUGCCGCUGGACAACGUGGGCAAGGCGUCGGUGGUGACGAGCGCCAUGUCCGUGUUCUAUUUCUGCGGCAUCUUCUUCGCGCACCUGGCGCUGCACCUAGCGGCGACGCGGCGCGUGCUGAGGGGGACGAAUGGGCGCAAGAUGUCUAUCGCGCUGUCGCUGGGCGGAGGGAGCGGGGGCGGGAGAGGCGCGAGGGGCUUGACUUCGUUGGAGAUACUGGCUGUUGGGAAUGGGAUUCUCAUGCUGGCUCCUUGCAUCUUCGCCGGUCUCGACGUCGCAGCCGGCCCGGGAAACACCCGCGUGUUACCCUUCGACGCCGGGUCCUGGGUGCAAACGCUCGUAGCCGCCGGCCUGCCGCUCAUCAGCAUCGCCGCCUUCUACCGGGGCUCGGACACGGUCACCUCGCGCUUCCGGCGGUCGAAUAUCGGGAGCAGUAGUAAUAGCGGCGGCGGCGGCGGCGGCGGUGGGAGAAGAAGAGAUAGGAGGACCGACGAUACCAAUUUUAACAAUUAUAGCCAUAGCAAUAACGCCACGCGCCCGAACCCGUCUUUCGUUACGCCCCAUCCCUCCUCCCCGUUCAUCCACCGACCUCAUGACCUUUCCAAGACAAACGCGGACGCGGACGUGGACUCGGAAACGCUGCAUAGCAGCACGUAUUGGAGUCCCAGGUCGCCCGUAGGCGCGGCAGACGUUGACGACAUAGAAGCGGGAAAUUCUUUUGCAAGGCCGACGAGUGAUGAAGUACAAGAAAAAAGAAGCAGCAUAGCACGGAGAGAUCCGGAGGCCAGAGCGGAGAGCAAAGUAAAGGAAUAAGAAAAAUGCAUGUACAAUACACUACUAAAAGAUGGGUCUUACUAAAUUC